AUGCCGAGCACACCUGGUUCACUGAUAGCAGCAGCUUCAUUUGGGAUGGAAAAAGCCAACUGCAAGGUGACACAAGCUGAAGAUGGAGAAAGGUUUAACAUUCUAGACCCUCAAUCUCUAAAUGUUAGUAAGAACCAACCACAGCUUAGUAGACAGAAGACUUUUCAUUCAAAAAAAGAAAGAGGACAUGGUUAUAACUCACCAGCAGCUGCGUGGUAAGCUAUGUAAAAUGGGAGGAAGACCCAAAACUUCCCAAAUAAGCCAAAUUGGAACGCCUCAAGUCCUAGUGUGCUUUUUAAGUCUCAAGCUAAUCAAAACUAUGCAGGAGCCAAAUUCAGUGAGCCACCAUCUCCAAGUGUUCUCGCCAAACCACCCAGCCACUGGGUUUCUGUGUCAUUGAAACCUUCAGAUAGGGAAACAGUGACCUUUCAACUGAAAACCUUACUUGAAGUACAGGUAUAA